AUGUCUGAAGACGUAUUUCAGUCGUUGGAUUCUUUCGACUCAUUCGAUGAUGAUGAUCUCUUGGAAAUCACGCCGCUGGCGUCCAACGUGGAACAAAUGUACGAAGACCAAGAGCGUCUGAUUGUCUCCAAAAAACCUGGGAGAUCACAGAUGACUCUCGAUGGCAGUGUUAUAACCCAGGAGGAGGAGGAAUACGUAUACAAAGAGAUCUCAAAACCCAUUACUUUUAAGAACCAUCACAACCUGGACCUGCAAGCUCUAAAGACGUUUGUAUACCCUACGAACUUGGAAUUCAGAGACUACCAAUUUGAUAUCGUCACCAAAUCACUGACCCAAAAUGUUCUCUGCACGUUACCAACGGGACUUGGUAAGACAUUUAUUGCAAGUACCGUGAUGCUCAACUUUUAUCGGUGGACAACCGAUUCAAAAAUCAUCUUCAUGGCGCCCACACGGCCCUUGGUGGCACAACAGGUCAAGGCGUGUUUUGGAAUCACGGGUAUACCGCGUCACGACACGGCCAUUUUGCUGGAUAAAGUAAAGAAGAAUCGGGCUGAAAUCUGGGCUGAAAAGCGGGUAUUUUUCACGACACCGCAGGUAGUCGAAAACGAUCUCAGCUCCGGGUUUGUGGAUCCCAAGAAGAUCGUUUGCAUAGUCGUUGAUGAGGCGCAUAGGGCAAAAGGCAACUAUUCAUAUGUCAACGUGGUAAAAUUUAUCCGGAGAUUUAGCAACAGCUUUCGCGUUCUGGCAUUGACUGCAACACCCUCCGCCGAUGUUGAGGGCGUCCAGCAAAUCAUAGACAAUCUGAUGAUAUCGAAAGUUGCCGUGCGGACCGAAAAAAGUAUCGACAUAGUCAAAUAUAUGAAACGCCGCAAAGUUGAGAAAAUACAGUGUGAUCCGACGCCGGACAUGGUGCAAAUUCUCGAGUUAGUGGCUGAGGCCGCAUCUCCGAUCCUAAAGAAAGCCAACGACGCUCACAUCUAUGAGGCUCGUGAUCCGGUCAAGAUCAAUGCAUUCCAAGCAAUGGAAGCCAGUCAGAAAGUGAUCAAGAAUCCUGCUCUUCCAGAGGGAUUGAAAUGGACAUAUUAUUUCCUGCUCCAGCUGCUAACGACAGUGGGACAGUGUUUCAGGAGGCUAAACAUCUAUGGCAUAAACUCGUUUUACUCAUACUUUCAUGAAAAACAUGACGAGUUCACUACCAAGUACGAGAACAAAAAGUCCACCAACAAGAUUGCAGCAUCCUUUUAUUACCACCACCUGAUCAAGUCGAUGGUGAAGUUCUGUGACGAGGUGAUCGCCAGGGACGAGGAAGAGGCCAGAAAUGGCAAAGUCCUGAAAGGUGUGUUCAGUCACCCAAAGUUUGAAAGGAUGGUAGAAGAAAUUCUGUUCUUCUUUGAAAGCAAUCCCGAAAACAAGAAUUCUAAAAUCAUCGUCUUCACAGAGUUUCGCGAAUCUGCUUUGGAAAUUGUGACUGUUCUCGAGAACGCAAAUACCUCGAAAGAGCGGGCUGUAAUGAGACCUCAUAUUUUCAUUGGACAGUCCAGGGAGAAAGAGAAAUUUGACCAGACAAAGUUUUUGAACAAAAACAAGAAGAAAAAGUCGAAGAAAAAGAAGAUGGGCGAUGCCUCUGAUGAGGAAGAGUCUUCAUUGCCCACCUCUGCAGGAUCCACUCGCUCUUCUGGACGUCUAGGGAGCUCAGAAGAUGCCCAACAGAAGGGAAUGAACCAGAAACAACAGAAAGACCUUAUCAAGAAGUUCAAGGAUGGAACUUACAACAUUCUGGUGGCGACUUCCAUUGGAGAAGAAGGUCUGGACAUUGGUGAAGUGGACAUGAUUGUCUGCUUCGAUUCGACGAGUAGUCCGAUCAAAAAUAUACAGCGCAUGGGACGUACCGGUCGUAAAAGAGACGGAAAGGUCUUGUUGUUGUACUCGAGCAACGAGAGGGUCAAAUUCGAAAAAGCCAUGGACAAUUACGAAUGGAUACAGAAUAAGAUCCAAAAAGGAGAUGGCAUUAAUCUGGUUGCCAGCGAUAGAAUCAUCCCGGCUGAUAUCACACCCGUGGCUGACCAAAGAGUCAUCAACAUACCAGACGAGAACAACGAACUGGUAAACGAGGCCAGCGACGUGGAUGAUGAUGAAUUUCUCAAACUAGCCACACAAGCACCCAAAAAGGCAACCAAAACUGCAAAGGGAAAUAAAACUUCAAAGGCAAGAGUGGACACAUCCGCAGCUUCAAAGCCUGUGAAACGGACUAAACAGUUCUUCAUGCCAGACGAUGUUGAAACAGGGUUCCAAAAUGCUUCUGCUCUGGUUAAGCGGGUGAAACUGAAUGAGGAAGAGAAUGCCGACACGCCGACACACGAGAAGAGUUUCCUGGACAGUCUCGUGGAAUCCGAAGGUGACGCCCCACAGGAUUCUGAUGAGGAUAUUCUUGAAUUUCUUCGAAAGGACUUCUUUGACCCAAUCCAGUCGCCCAAAUCAGAAGCCUCUGAUGUCCAGCCCGAAGUUGAGGUGCAGUUUGAAUCGAAGUCUGAGCCAGAAUCAGAACCAGAGUCUGCAAACGGUUGCUUGAACCAGUCGCAAACGAAAGCUUUUAAAGCUUUGUCCUCUUUAGAAGACGACCCCGAGUUUCAAUCCCGGUUUGAAGCAACAGAAGGGUUUCUCACCAAAGAACAGCUUCAUGAAUUCUAUCAAAAUCAUUACCGAUCCAGCCAGAAGGGCUCACAGCCAAUUCUGGACCCGAACCCAUGUCUCAGCGAGGCAUUCGCACAUGGUCAGAUCCCCCACAGCGAGCGUACAAAAAGGUUUGUCAAAACGGUGUAUGCGAUAUUCAACAUGGACUCUCAGGCUGCCCUAAAACUGAAAGCUGCAGCAGGGAAUUUGUCACCGUCAAGAGAAGCAAGCUGUAUGGUCGAUGACUAG